AUGAUUUUAGAAAAUGAGGGGAAAACGAUUUUCCGCUACAAUGAGAAUGAAAAUUUACCAAAUGUUGAAGGAGUUGGUAUUGGUUCGGAGACAUACAUAGCUACCCGAUGGGAAGUAUACGACCAACGUGGGCACCACAACCUUCGUGCUGAUUUGGUAGAACACAUCUUCAAUGCUCGAACCAGUCCCGUUAUUGACGAUUUUGUUGAAGAUGACUUGUUUGACGAUACAGACAUCAAAUCAAUAUUGUUUGAAGGAGAUUCAGACGAGAAAUUUGAUGGCGUGCCGAACGACGAUGAUUAG